AUGGAGACAAAUAUCCAUGAAGACCGGAAUGAAGAUUUUACCUGCGGACAAUGCGGUGGAUCUGGCCAUAUGACUCGUCAGUGCCCGAAUGCCUCUCUUCCUCUGAGACAGAGAGACAGCAAUGCAGGUGAUGCCUAUGGCAACUACGGCAACGACAAUGGUGGAGGACAUGGUGAUUACUCCGGUGGUGGCGGUGACCGCGCUUGCUACAACUGCGGCCAAGAAGGCCAUAGCAAAGCCGACUGUACCGAGCCUCGCAAGAUGGGGGCAUGCUUCAACUGUGGCCAGGACGGUCACUCCAAGGCCGAAUGCACCGAGCCUCGCAAGAUGGGCGCUUGCUUCAACUGUGGCGAAGAAGGUCACUCCAAGUCCGAAUGUCCUAAGCCUCGCGUGUUCAGGGGUACCUGCCGUAUCUGCGAAAAGGAAGGCCACCCAGCGGUUGAUUGUCCUGAGAGACCCCCCGAUGUUUGCAAGAACUGCCAGGCCCAAGGCCACAAGACGAUGGAGUGCAAGGAGAAUCGCAAGUUCGAUCUCAACCUUGUUGCUGACAUGCUACCCCAAGAAGGUUGGGCUGCAAUGAAGAAAGCCAGUGACGAAAGGGAUCUUGAUGAUUUCCGAGAGGCACUUAAAAUCUACUCCAAGGCAGUCCCCAAUGCCACCUGGGCAGACAUUGAGAAGAAGAUGCGAGAGGAUAAUUUCAACAUCUACAUCAUUGCUAUGGAGGCUGAAGUUGACGAUGUCAUGAGCCUUAUCGAUCUUCAGGGAGUACUUGACCGUGAGUACGUGAUUGGAUUCUUUUUCAACCCCAAGGCGUCGCGUGGCCACCUCCGAGAUCGUUGGCCUGCAGAUGCCGAGGAGAACCUAGAGCGCAUGAAGAGCGCCGGUAUUCCCUACGAGCGCAAGGUGCCUAAGUGCCUGAACUGUGGAGAGUUGGGACAUAUCUCCCGCAGUUGCAAGGAGGAGCGCGCCGAGGGCAAUGAUCGUGUGGAAAUCAAGUGCUCAAACUGUGAGGGAGCUGGACACCGCGUACGCGAUUGCAGACAGCAGCGCAAGCACAAGCAUGGUUGCCGUAACUGCGGAUCUAUUGAGCAUAUUGCUUCUGACUGCACCGAGCCCCGAUCUGCGGCUGGUGUUGAAUGCCGGAGAUGCAACGAAACUGGCCACUUUGCCAAAGAUUGCCCCACUGUUGCUGACCGUGGCCCUCGCACCUGCCGCAAUUGCGGAUCCGAAGACCACAUCGCUCGCGAUUGUGAUCAACCUCGUGACGUUUCCACUGUUACCUGCCGCAACUGCGAAAAGACCGGACAUUACUCUCGUGAUUGUGAUCAGCCGAAAGAUUGGUCGAAGGUUCAGUGCAAGAACUGCGGAGAAAUGGGUCACACUGUUGUCCGUUGCCGCCAGCCGCCUAAGGAGGAAGAGCCUCAAGACGAACCUACUUUCUCCCCCGGCUCUCCCAAGCGCGAGGAACCUGAUCCGCUGAACUCAGAGGCUACUGACCAACAGUUUGAAUACAAGCGCCAUGACGACGAGGACCUCUGGUAA